AAGAGUGCACAGGAGGCGAAGGAAAAAGGAAAUCUCGCACUUGCAGGAGCACAGUAUGACGAAGCCGUCAUCAUGUACUCUAUCGGCAUCGCUCUCGACCCGAGGAAUCACGUUCUGUACAGUAAUCGAAGUGCUGCGCACGCGCAUAUGAGGAGGUUCGGUAAAGCCAAGGAUAACGCAGCAGAGUGUGUGGAGAUCUCGCCAGACUGGUGGAAGGGCUACGUGCGGCUCGGCCAGGCA